AUGGACGCCGUGCUGCUGGAGCACUUCCCCGGGGGGCUGGACACAUUCCCGUCUGCUUACUUCGAUGAGGAAGACUUCUUCACCGAUCAGUCCUCUGUGCGCGAGCGGCGCCGCAUGCAGUCUAUCAAUGAUGCCUUCGAGGGGCUGCGUUCGCACAUCCCCACACUGCCCUACGAAAAGCGCCUCUCCAAGGUAGACACGCUGCGCUUGGCCAUCGGCUAUAUCAACUUCCUCAGCGAGCUGGUGCAGGCGGACCUGCCACUGCGCGGUGGUGGCACAGGUGGUUGUGGGGGCCCAGGUGGCAGCCGGCAUCUAGGCUGUGACAGCCCGGGUAACCAGGUCCAGAAGGUCAUCAUUUGCCACCGAGGCACCCGCUCCCCCUCCCCCAGUGACCCGGAUUAUGGCCUCCCUCCUCUUGCUGGGCACUCUCUCUCAUGGACUGAUGAAAAACAGCUCAAAGAACAAAAUAUUAUCCGUACAGCUAAAGUGUGGACCCCAGAGGACCCCAGAAAACUCAACAGUAAAUCUUUCGACAACAUAGAGAACGAACCACCCUUUGAGUUUGUGUCCUGA